GCGGCCGGUUCCCGUUCCGCCGCGUCCGUUCCGGUGCCGCCGCCCCGCGCGGGAUGUAGCGGCCGGUGCUGCGCGGCCCUUCGCACCCCGCGCCCGCAUCCCCGCCGCUCGCUGCUCCCUCGCUCCGUCCGUCCCCACCCCCCCCAGCGCGGCGGCAGCGGAAGGACGCGGACGGAGCCGCGGUCGCCGCCGGUACCGACCCCAUGGCGUCCCGCAAAGCCGCCGCCGCCGGGCAGGGCACCGGGUUGGCGGCCGCGGGCCGGGAGCGGGCGCAGCUGGAGCUGGCGGAGCUGGGGCCGCUGCUGGAGGAGAAGGGCGACCGGGGCCCCGCCGGCUCGGCCGCGGGCAGGAGUGAUUCCCCCUGGGCCUUUCUGCCCCUGCAGGCCGAGGAGCCGCCGUGCCCGGCAGCCCGGGAGGAGGAGGAGGAGGAGGUGGUGCGAGUGCUGACCCUGCCCCUGCAGGCACAUCACGCCAUGGAGAAGAUGGAAGAGUUUGUGUAUAAGGUGUGGGAGGGGCGCUGGCGUGUGAUCCCCUACGACGUGCUGCCCGACUGGCUGAAGGACAACGAUUACCUGCUGCACGGGCACAGGCCCCCCAUGCCCUCCUUCAGAGCCUGCUUCAGGAGCAUCUUCCGCAUCCACACCGAGACCGGCAACAUCUGGACACACCUCCUGGGUUUCGUUUUGUUCCUGUGCCUGGGGAUUCUGACCAUGCUGCGGCCCAACAUGUAUUUCAUGGCUCCUCUCCAGGAGAAGGUGGUGUUUGGGAUGUUCUUCCUGGGAGCAGUGCUGUGCCUCAGCUUCUCUUGGCUUUUCCACACUGUCUACUGUCACUCGGAGAAGGUCUCACGGACUUUUUCAAAGUUGGAUUAUUCAGGAAUUGCACUGCUGAUCAUGGGCAGCUUUGUCCCAUGGCUCUACUAUUCGUUCUACUGCUCCCCACAGCCAAGACUCAUCUACCUCUCCAUCGUCUGUGUCUUGGGCAUCUCUGCCAUCAUCGUUGCUCAGUGGGAUCGCUUUGCCACCCCCAAGCACAGGCAGACAAGAGCAGGCGUCUUCCUGGGGCUGGGGCUGAGCGGGGUGGUGCCCACCAUGCACUUCACCAUCGCCGAGGGCUUCGUCAAAGCCACCACGGUGGGGCAGAUGGGUUGGUUCUUCCUGAUGGCCGUGAUGUACAUCACAGGCGCAGGGCUCUACGCCGCGCGCAUCCCCGAGCGCUUCUUCCCGGGCAAGUUCGAUAUCUGGUUCCAGUCACAUCAGAUCUUCCACGUGCUGGUGGUGGCCGCAGCCUUCGUGCACUUCUACGGGGUGUCGAACCUGCAGGAGUUCCGCUACGGCCUGGAAGGGGGCUGCACGGACGACUCUCUCCUCUGAGAGCCCCCCCUUUUAGUACAAGCUUCCUAAGUGCUUUUUAAACUCUUGUUCUUUGCUAAAAUCAAAAGGAGGACUCAAAACUCUUUGGGCUUGUUGGUUGUCCUUGGGGUGGGUGUUUUUUUUUUAAGGAAAACAAACGGAAAAGGAACAAUCUCUUCAUCGACCAAAAUCCUCCCCUCACCCCUUCCCCCGGCGCUGGGGGGGCCCAGCAGCCCCUCACCCCCUCCAGGAAGGGGCAGCCAGUUCCCCCCAGGCAUGCCCAGUUCCAGAAGUGAGGGGUGUGGGUCCCUCCCCUGUCCUGGCACAGCCCAGCAGCCUCCGGCACCCGCAGGCACUCCCGGUGCCAGGGCCGGGCUGGGGGCAGCUCUGCUGCUGCUGCCCCAGGGCACAGGCACACCUUGAUGUAAUUUAAGUUUUAAUUGUCUGGUUGGUUGGUUGAUUGUUUUGUUUGUUUGGUUUUGUUUUUUUCCUUGACAAAGUAAUGUAAACCUAAAGGAGAGACUAUUUAAUAUUUAAUACUAAGCUUUAAGAAGCCUCGCUGCCAGCGCAGUGGCCUCGGCUCCUCCCUGGCUCUGGGGGGGAGGGAAGGACAGGGAGGGGCAGAGGGGAAUGUUAGAGCUGCUGUAGCUGAUUGAAAUAAAAAGGUCAAUAGUUCAGUGUCCUGC